CUUUUAUGAUGUGAUUGAAAUGCGGGGAUCAUAUGUACUGAGAAAAAAGAAAGAGAACUUAACCUCAACUCUGUUUGUUGAUCUCUUGAACGAUGCGGAUCGUUGGAGAUUCAACGUCCAAAUAUUGCCUCUCUCUCGAAUCUUGAAGUUUGGGCAUUCCAAGGCACAUACCUUAAAAGGCGGUAAAUAGCCUGUGCGAAGCUCAAAAGUUUAUUGGCGUCGGGAAGACCAUGCCUUCAUGAUUUCUUGGAAGUGGAGUAAUCUAUAGAAGCCGUGGUGGUCCAGAACUGAUUGAGAUCAUCUGUACCUAUUUUAAAUUGAACCCACAUUUAUCUUUGUGUGGUUAUGUUUCAGUUUGGGGAGUAGAAGUUCCCUAGGCAUGUUUCUGUUGGAGUUCACAAUACUGCAAACAGAUCCAUGACUUUGGCUUCUCCUAAAGCGCUUCUAUGGAUGAACAGUUUUCCAAAAUCAAUUUCAGCCCUCACUGUUUCAUUGGCUGCCUUAGCAGUACUUCUGGUUCUUUCUUCAUCUCUUUCGACUAUUGUAUCAGUUAGUUCAACAUUUCAAGGCUAUUUUAAUGGUCUAUAUGGUGAUAGAGAAGCACAAUUUGGGUAUCUUGAUAAGCAGACUGUCAUAAAGAAUGAUAAAGAAGAAAGCCAUCAUAUCCUUCAUAGAAAGGGUGGUUCUGGUUCAAGCAACUUUUCUGUUACUGCACCAUUGGGUUCUAAUGACAGAUUGAGUGUGACUGUGAAGAAUGAGAACAGCAGCUUAGGUUCUAUACAUGGUUCUAUGACAUCAGACAUUGACAAUACUUUAUCAGCAAAUGAAAUCAAUGGCUCGGGAUACUGCGAUCUAUACCAUGGCAAAUGGUUUUUUGACCCCUCUGGACCACUAUACACCAACAAUACUUGUCCUAUUAUCACCCAGAUGCAGAAUUGUCAGGGUAAUGGGAGGCCUGAUCAAGAGUACGAAAACUGGAGAUGGAGGCCUAAUGAAUGUGAUCUACCACGCUUUGAUGGCAAAAGAUUCCUAGAGCUGAUGAGGGGGAAAACUCUGGCUUUUGUUGGUGAUUCAGUUGCUCGCAAUCAGAUGGAAUCUUUGCUGUGCAUACUUUGGCAGGUGGAAAGUCCCAAGAACAGAGGCAACCGGAAGAUGCACCGUUGGUUCUUUGAAUCAUACUCAGUGAUGAUAGUGAGGAUCUGGUCAUCCUGGCUGGUCCACCAGAUGUCAGAGGCCUUUGAUUUUGCACCUGCAGGUGUCGACAAACUACACCUAGACAAACCAGACCAAACCUUCAUGGAACUCCUUCCCAGCAUUGAUGUGCUUGUUCUAUCAUCUGGUCAUUGGUUUGCAAAGCAGUCUGUGUACAUUCUGAACAAUGAAAUUGUCGGCGGGCAACUUUGGUGGCCCGAUUUAAACCGCACUAAGAAAAUAAAUAACAUUGAGGCGUAUGGAAUCUCUGUUGAAACCAGUCUUGCUGCCAUAGUUACACAUCCAGGCUACAAGGGCCUUACAAUCUUGAGGUCGUAUUCACCAGAUCAUUAUGAAGGGGGAGCGUGGAACACAGGCGGCUCCUGCACUGGGAAAGUGAAGCCACUGACAGAAGGAGAACUGGUGGAAAAUGGUUUUACCCAGAGGAUGCAUGAGCAACAGGUGAUGGGAUUCCAGAGGGCACAAAAGAAGGCAACCAACAAGUCAAAACUGAGGCUCAUGGACAUAACUGAAGUAUUCAGUUACCGUGCAGAUGGCCACCCUGGUCCUUACAGAAGUCUAGAUCCUAACAAGGUCACAAAGCGUGGUCCGGACGGAAGGCCGCCACCGCAAGAUUGCUUGCAUUGGUGUAUGCCAGGCCCAGUGGAUACUUGGAACGAAAUUGUGCUUGAGAUCAUACGAAGGGAAUUCCAGCAGGCUCAAGAGUUGUCAGAGAGAAGAUGAGCUUUUUACUCGAUAAUCAAAGGAGAUAGAGCUUUAGGAUUUUAAUAUUUUUUUUGUUGUCUAACCAUGUAGAAGCGGCUCUUGUAAGUUGAGGUUCAUAAUAUCAGAUAUACAAACACAAAAGUCAAGCUGUUGUCUGCAUAUCCUCAGUCAAUACAUAGUGCUUGAUGAAA